AUGUGUUCUGUUUUCCAGGUACUGCUGAAAAUAGCGGCUUCUCGCCGAAACCGAAAACCUCCUCGAAACCGACCGACAGGAUUCACCUGGAUUGAGAUUAUCUUUGUACUCUCCGUAUUUGCCUGCACUCUUCUUACUGGUCUUUGGAUUUCUAGACAUAUGGAAAACCCAUUGGAGGACCCCCGUUGGAAGGCCCGUUCUCUUCCUGACGACAUCGAGGAACCCGUAAAGCCAUCGGAAUUCGAAUUCGACAUGAAAAAAUUUCUGGAGAACAAGACUUUACUAAUAAAUCGUGCUCUACACGAGAAAGAAACUAUUGAAAACAACCAUAUAAUCCGUAAUAUCAAAAUGACACGUCUCCACCAUGAGCAACUGUUUUCGGUCUACGAGAAGUACUGGGAUAAAUGGGUUCCGGACCCCACGAGAUUCGAAGGCGUCGAAGAGUUCCUGAUUGCUUCCAGAUUCAAUGGAACAAUUGCCGAAGAGUACUUCUAUCUGGAUGCUCCAUCGUUCCACAAGACCGAGGAUGGUCGGAUGAUUAUUGGCUACAACACCGGCACCGAUGGUAUCCUGAGGAGUUUGAAAGUCGAAAACUGUAGAUACAUGACAAAUUCGGAUUGCCACGAUUCGGAAAUGGAGCUGAAAGAUGGAGACUUGUAUAUGCGGGAGGUGAUGACUGGAAAGACGAAGGAGUGGAGAUUCACCAGAGUUUACUAUGUUCCGAGCUCCGAGUUCUUGGAUUAA